AUGGGAGUCGGAGUCGGGGUCGGCGGGUUUGGAACGUCAACUAAUGUGUGCUGUACCAGACUUUUCGGAUUCUUGCUCGGCUCGACUCUCGCGGGAGCGUCGGUCUACUACUACAUCCUUCAAGAAUACAAGGUGUCCAACGAGCUGUUGACAGAAGAUAUCUAUGCUCUUCAAGCAGCUGUUCAACGGAUCCACUCCUACGUGACGGAACUCGAGAACAAAAUGUCUCAAAUGAAAAAGUAA